GGUUGUGGUGGCACCAGAGAUCGCUAGCACCAGACACAUCCAUUGCCUGGGAUGAAACCGUGCUACCGGCACGAGCCGUGUCCCAGCGUUGUCCACCCCAUCUCUGACACUUGAGCCCUUAGUGUAGGCACAGGCAGGCGCUGGUGCAGGCAGGGCAACCUCAGCCCCCAGGCAGGGCUGGCUCCGGGUCCUUCGUGAUGGGACACCACCUCCUGCCAGCUAGGCACUCAGCGGAGACUGUGGGCAGCAGCCCCCCGGCGAACUGGGGGCUGGAGAUAGGCAAAACCUUGGGGCUGGGGCCACCUUAACUUCCCGGCGAUGACGCCAUGGGGGCGGUGACCCGGGGAGGUUUAAAAGCUGCUACUGACAAGCAGCACUGGGGUAUUGAUUCAGGAGGGGCUGUAGUCACGGCUGGCAGGAUGACAUCCACGAACGAUCUUUGGGAGGUGCCCCCCAACAAGCUGGACCACUGGAUCAUGGAGGUCCUGCAGCCCAGCACGGAUUUCUGCAUGGAGGUGAAGAAGACAGUGAAGAAUAUCUGCAACUUCUUGAAGGAGCAGUGCUUUGAAAACAUCCGUGUCCACAAGACUGUCAAGGGUGGCUCAGCAGGCAAGGGCACGGCACUGCAGAACAAAUCCGAUGCUGAUGUGGUGCUCUUCCUCAGCUGCUUCGUCAGCUACCAGCAUCAGAAGCAGGAAAUAAAGCAUAUCCUGGAUUUGAUCAAGGAGAGGCUGGACGCCCGCAAGGAGAGCUUGGCUUUCACAGUGCGUAUGAGUAGCCCCAGUUACAAGGGCCCUGACAAUACACGACGCUCCCUCAGCUUCACUCUCCGCUCCCAGGACGCUAAGGAGUCCAUUGAGGUGGACAUUCUGCCUGCCUAUGAUGCCUUGGGACAGGUGAGCAAGUAUACCCCACCAAAGGCAGAGGUGUAUGUGGAGCUCCUGAAUGCCCAUGGUGGUCCUGGGGAGUUCUCUCCUUGCUUCACUGAACUGCAAAAGGCAUUUGUGAAGCGUUGCCCAGCCAAGAUGAAGAACCUCCUGCGCCUGGUCAAGCACUGGUACAAGGAGAUGCUGAAGCCACGAUAUCCUAAAGCUGACCUGCCUCCAAAGUAUGCCCUGGAACUAUUGACCAUCUAUGCCUGGGAGGAGGGUACAAACUCCAGCCAGAGCUUCAACACGGCUCAGGGCUUCCGUACAGUGCUGGAGCUGCUGCGCCGGCACCAGGAGAUCUGCAUUUACUGGCAGACAUACUACUCACUCCAGCACAGAGAGAUUGGUGCCCACAUCAAAAGUCUGCUGCACAGUCCCUGCCCCAUUGUCCUGGACCCUGCUGACCCCACAGGGAUCCUGGGCCAAGGCAAGGAUUGGGACUUACUGGCACAGGAGGCAACCUACCACCUUUCGCUGCCCUGUAUCAAAGACACCCAGCCCUGGGAUGUACAGCCAGCCCGGCCUGUGACGAUUGACGUGAAGCAGCUGACAGGCAUUUCUGUCCUGACAAUAACUGUCAGCCCAAGCACCACCAUCUGGCAGCUGAAGGAGAAGAUCGAGCAGGCGUCGGGCAUCUCCCGGUACAAACAGCGUUUGGCGAAGCAGGAACAAGACGCGAGCACCCCUCUCCUUCUGGAUGGCAAGACCUUGGCCGCCCUCGGCAUCUUCUACAACACCACACUGGUGCUGCUGCAGACCGAGCCCCAGGCGAUAGAGGUCUUUGUGAAGGAUGACAAGAACCGGACCACCACAUACACUGUGCAGCCCACUUCCACUGUCCGUCAGCUGAAGGAGCAGAUCCACAUGCGGCAGGGGCCUCCUGCUGACCAGCAGCGCCUGACGUACGGCUCCAGGGAGCUGGAGGACCGGCACACACUGGCAUACUAUGAUGUCCAGCCCAGGAGCACCAUCUACAUGCUCCUGCGGCUUCGUGGCGGUGCAGACCCUCAGCUGCCUGCCUGCUCGUUCUCCUGAGCAUUGCCCCAAACACCACCCCACACCUCUGUACCACAGUGUCAUGCUGGAAAUAAAUGCCGUGGCAGA